AUGAGAGGUUUUUGUAGCGGAGAGCGACCAAAGUGCGCGUCUUGCGUCUCCCGAAACACUCCUUGCGAGUAUAACACUGCCACGGACGAGACGCACUCCAACGCCCUCAAACGAAAGUACGACGAGCUACUCCACCGAAAGACACAUUAUGAAGAGCUAUAUGAGCUGCUUCAAACUCGUCCGCCGGAGGAAGCCACUGAAGUCUACAAGCGCAUACGAGCAGGCGAUGAUGCGGGGUUUCUUCUGAGGCUUAUUCAGGAUGGCAAUCUUCUUCUACAGAUGAGGAUGGUGCCUGAGAGUCGCUACCGCUAUCGAUUCCCUUAUAUAGACGAGAUGCCAGCAUUCUUGAUGCAUCCGCCAAAUCCAUACCUUGAUUCACUGCUGUAUGAAUCUACUUUUAGGGACCGAACACCUCCCGCUUCACAAUCAAUGGCAUCGGCAUCAUCUUCAGCGGCAGGCGGAGAUGAGCAUCAAGGCGUUUACCUCAAGCCUUUCCAUGCGGCAGAAGUCAUGGAUGCGAAGCUAGAGCUGAUCAAGCCAUCUGCUUGGACUUCUAUUAGCUCUGACGAUAACUUGAUGCGGAAGCUGUUUAAUAUCUACUUUCUCCAAGAAUAUCACGCGGCCCCAUUCUUCCACAAGGACUAUUUCCUAGAAGACAUGAUUGCCAAAAGACAUGAAUUCUGCUCUUCUUUGUUGGUCAACGCCAUACUGACCAUAGCUUGCCAUUCCGAUCACUCCAACCCGAACCGUGCCGAGUUUUGGAACCCAAAUAAUAGGGCUUACCAGUUUCUUGCUGAAACUCGCCGCCUAUGGGAACUGGAAGCGAGAGAGCCGAAUCUCAUGACCGUUCAGGCCACCCUUAUCCUCCAUAUUAUUUACAACAUGAAUGGUACAGAUGAGCUUGGCUAUCGUUACCUCGAACAGGCAGUAGAUAUGGCGAAUGGCCUCAAUCUAUUCAAGCCAUCUGCUGUAGCGAGCGGAAAGGAACGUAAUGCCCGAGAAUUGACUGCUUGGGUCUUGUACGGUUGGCAAGGUGUUAUGGCCUAUAUGCAUCAGCGCGUACCUCUAUGCCAGAAGGCGCCUGAAUCGCCUCUGCCAGAUCCGUUCGAGCAUCCCCAGUGGUAUGGAGAUAUCUGGUUCAAGUUCCCUUCUGCUCCAACCAUGUUUAGCACGCACCUCAGUCAAUAUACCUGGGCGAAAAUACAAUUGUGGUGCAUAGCUCGGGAUAUGGCAUCUCAGAUGGAGGAAUUGAAAGCUAGGCACGCUGAGCUUCUAGCCACUCAAGUUCUAGCAUUUUGUUCCAAACUGGCACACUGGUACAGGACUCUGCCGCGGUGCAUGAGGCCGGAUCGAAUCGUUACUCCAUAUCAGCUACAGCUUCACAUGCAGUUUCAUAAUUACAUAAUCAAUCUCCUCGAAGAACCAAUGGUUACCAAACUAGACAACCCCCAGUUCAUAGAUGUUUUUUCUCAGUCCCUUGGGCAAAAACCUCGAGAGCUUCUCUCUAGUUCGAAACGUUCAUUCGAGACCUUAAUUCGCUUAUACUACCUCCGCCACGGCUUUAAAGCAUUGGACUACUUCAUGGUCCAGUAUCUCAGCAUGCUUGCCUUCAUGGCUCAUGGUGCUAUUCAUGCAAGCAUGCACGAGACGACGCUACAGUCGCUACAGUCAACCAUUUUACUGGCCACCAUGGGUCUCCGCGAUCAAAGUGCUUCUUUCUACACGGGCCGGAUGGUGUUCAAAGCAGUCCGGAAAGGAAUGAGAUCAGAGGAGAUUGAGCUGAUAGAUCGAUUUACAGCGCAAGGCCGACGCAUAGAGAGUCAGCCACCGCCAGGCUGGCGGGCUAUAUCUUCAUGGGGAUUAGAUUUUGGCAGUAUCUCUGCUGAUCGAGCGGCCUCUAAUCUCGGUAAGCUUUUUGAAGAAGCUAGAAUCAGCGAAUUGGCUGAGCACGAUUACUAUGAAUGA